AUGGCGUGGACCGAGGAUGUGGAAGCUGCCAGGCCGGGGGAUGAUGUGACGGUGGUCUUGACUCUCGAACAGAAGGAGAAGCUGCAGCAAUGGGAGGAGAUGGCAGAGAAGGGCUUCCAAGUGCAUCGCCGUGCUGAGCGCUACUACGAGCACGUAAACUUCUGGACCUUGUCCCUGCCGUCUGUCGUGUUGUCGGCGAUCUCAACCUUGUGGACACUGGCCACAGACUCGAUAGAGUUUGAGGACAACCGGGUGUACAUCGCAGGUGUGUCUGGCCUCACGACCAUUGUGACCUCUGUCGGUUCAUAUUGGCGCUGGCAAGCUCGCAUGGAGAAGAAUCGGUUCGCAUCAGAACGUUACAACAGCCUCAUCAACAAGCUCACCCUGUUCAAGGCCAAGUUGCAGAUGGGGCAAAUCAAAUUCUCCAAAGUGCUGGAGGAGGUCGAGAGCACCAUUCAUGAGAUUCUAAAAACCUGUGGUCCCCCCGACCUAUGGGUGCAGCGGCGAUAUGAAUGGGAGGAGCAGACUUCUCAGUUUGAGCUGUUGGACAGGCUCGCCGUCCUUCGAGAAAGCAGUCCUUGGGCAGGGCUUUGCUGCCCCUGCUGUUGGCAGACAGUGACACGGCUGUGCCGCUGCUGCACAGGAUGGGGCAGGAAGUCGCGAAAGGGCGACGAAAACAGCAUAAACGCCAAGAGUCAGGAUGCAGAGAAGUACAAGGAAGCGACAAACAUUCUUGAUCAAAAGAUUCGGGAGCUGAGCAUCAAGACAAAGGAUGUCAGCGUUGAUGAGUUCAAAGAGUACUUCUGGAGAAUAUUCCGCCUUGCUUGCGACAUGAACAACACGGAAAUGUGCAAAGGAUUGAUCUUAUCUGUACCCACCUGCUUAGAUGACAAUCUGGAGGAGAAAACAGCUUUCAAGUCUGUAGAACCUGAUCAAAGGUCCCCCUUGCACUAUGCGGCCCGCAAUCCUUACCUGCAGUCAUUUGGCCAGUGGCUUUUUGAGAAGCAUCUUGACACCAUGAAGCGUCACUGCCUCAGCCAAGAUACAGCCGGUGCAAUUCCCUUGCACCACGUCUCAAUGAACAUGUUGGUGAAAGGGGGCAACACCUUUUAUCCGCAGCUUUUCUUCGAAACCUUCCAGCAAUGGUGUGUAUGCGUUGGAAGCGGAAAGAACAUACAGAGCUCUGAAGAUAAAGACAAGCUACGAAAGAUCGGCAACCUGCUUGUGCAGAAGAUGCAAGAGAUCUUGAAGGGGAAGCGCCUCCUGGACAUGGCAUGCUCGAAACGGCACACCGUGCUACACCUGCUCGCAAGGCACGGAGUCGAAGACGAGGAAGUCCUGAACCUGGAGCACCCCAAGACCCAAACUGAACACCAAAAGUCUCAGGGCUCAAAGCCACUGACAGGCACAGGCACUUUGCUCUCACACCUCGUCUGCAGCGGCUGGCUCGAAGUUGAUAUCAGGGACUCCGACGAUCGGUUGACAGCACUUGAGAUCGCAGCCGAGCAGCGGCAUGUCCAAGCCUUCACCAUCUUGUUCCAGCAAGCGGUGGCCCCACGGAAGAAAGAGCCGUCGUCCCACGGACAGGCACCCGGCCAGGAUCGGACGUCUCUGUCCGAGGAGCGCGAGAAGGCUUUGAUCAAGGUGGCUCACCGAGCUUUGGUUCUUUUGCACGCCCCGGGCCCCAGCCAUGCCAACGAGGACGCAUCAGAGCUCUCAUCCGGGAAGCUGGAGCGUGCCUGUUGCUCCUGCGCCAGGAGUGAAAGACUAACACGAGAGAACUUGGAAGCUUUGGAAAGCUUGCCCCUGGAUUUUGUGGAGCGGAAGCUUUCGAGCAGUGGCUGGACGCUGUUGCACUAUGCAUGCGGAGCAGAUGAGAGGAUUCGCCCACAGAACUUGUACAGCAAGUCCAGAGAUGCCAAGAGCCUUGCCGUUCGGCUCCUGGAGCAGCGAGCAUCCUAUGCUGACAUGGACACAGCUUACAGGACACCUUUGGCCUUUGCUCUCGAGAACAACUUCGAUGACAUCGAAGUUUCCUGGCAAAUCUGUGAGUAUGCACUGGAGAAAGGAGACAAGGGUAUCAUCGAGGACAUCAAGGACCACCUACAUGCCUUCCGCAGCGGAACCGGCAGUGUCCCUAUGAAGUUCCGUACCAGGGCUCCCGCACAGGGCUUGCAAGCCAGUGAUCUCCAAGACAUGCAGCUCGAGAUCACGUCUGAGUUCAGAGGGGAGAGGUUCUCCCUUCUCAUGGAAUGCGAUUUGGAAUCCGAAGAAAAAGAUUACGUGGUCUUCCAUGGAUAUCGUCAGGUACUUCCGGUUCGCGGUCUACAGGUGAGAUCCAAAACGGGAAAGGAACACGAGUUGACCAAGAGACUUCUGGAGGACUUCGAUUGGGCCACGGAAGCGGGCGAACACAGCGGACUCGACUGGAAGAAAGUACAGGAGUCCUUGAAAGAGACGAACUCGAAAGAUGACCUCCUGAAGGAGUUUCGGCGCAAGAUCGCAGAGCAGGUCGCUCCGAAAUUGAAGGCCUUCGUGAAUCACAGGUCCAAGACGAAACGUUUGACGAUGCUCCACCUGGCCUGCAAGCAUUUGGAUCUUAACUUCGUCAAGUGUCUCCUUCACUGCGGCGCCAUUUGCCUCAUGACACAAAUGGGAACACCUUUGGACAUGGCGCUGAAAUGGCCCAAGAAGAGCUGCAGUGAUUCCUUGUCUGAUGCAACAUCGACGAUCUAUGACCAGAGCGUAAAGGAUUUAGCGGAACACCUGCUUUUCGAGGACUAUCCGUGCAGGGCGGAGUCCAAUGCGAAGAAACAAAGGUAUGCAGCACCUAUUGUCCAGAUGUACUGCGGGCACCUGGACGAUGAGGGCUGUGGUUUGCUGCCGGAUCAGUUGGUAGCUGCUCGAGACGCUGAUGGCAAGACCUUGCUCCACUGGGCAGCCAUUUAUGGCAUCUACGAAGACGUCAAGUGGUUGCUCGACAUGCGUGCCAAUCCCGACCACACAGACCAUCUCCUCAUGCGGGAUUUCCGCAUCACGUACACGAAGCUUGACAUGCAGUCUGUGUUGCCGCCGGAUGUGGAACCCCAGUUCUUCUGUCAAGGAAAACCUGUGGACCAUUGUGGACUUGUCCACAAAGACUGUCCCGACUGGCUGAAACAGAUGGGAGACGAUGGCUACACGCAGGGCGUCAGCUUGAGGGAAGCCGCAAGGUGUGAAGGCUUCAAUUUCCUGAUGGGUGGGGAAGGCCUUGCUGGGCUUGGUUGGGUUCUGGAGGCCUCAGCCGCAGUGAAAUGGCGCGGUGGAGGCUCCGACAGCAGGGAGUGGAUGGUCGUAGAUUAUCAUGAAGCUCAUAAGCCAAAGGACUUUGAGUCAAGGGAUCCGAAGGAUCCCUCCAGCAUCCAUGUGCAGCGCAUGCCGUUGGACUAUGCCCUUUGGUUUUCUUGCUCAUCACAGCAUCGAAGUCAAGAGCCAGAAAGGCGUCCAAUGCAUAAACAGAUUUGCCAGCUCUUGUUCCAGACGGCAAUUCAGCAGGAGACCAAGGCAGGAAUGCGCGGGCAAGUGGCAAAGGCAUUGGGUCGGUUUCUCAUGCCGGACAUCCGCUGGAAUCCGAACUUGCCGACCGACGUUGUCAGCAUGUCAGUCUCCAUGCGUGGGACGGAUUCGGAAGACAAGCAAAAUUGCCCUACUUUGCUCCAUGUUGCAGCCAGGUUUGACCUUGUUGAUGUUUGUGAAGAGCUUCUGCGGAAGAGGUGUGAGUUCAAGCUCGUCGGCGAGCACUCUCCGUUGGCAUGGGCUGUGAGCCCUGCAGUCCACACCUCUUUGAUCCUCCCCGCCUUUCAGCACUGCUACCGGAAGCUUCACCAUGCGGAGGCAGAUUCAACGGAUGAGAGUGGCCACGACGGAGGUAGGAUCGCUUCGCUGGUCAUGCAAGCUGACGAAGACGCGCUCCAUCUUCUGCAGAGCAUGGAAUCCACAUCUAUGCAGGUGUCCCACAUCAUGGCGUUACCGAAUCCACACGACAACUCCUUCACCAUCCUACAUUAUGCAGCACGGUAUGGUCUCAGACGAGUAGUCCGGCACAUUCUUGACUCCAUCUCACAUGAAGAGUGCAAGCAGGCCGAGAAGCGUCAUCCUUGCUCAAACAUGAUCGGCAGAGAGUUGCCUAUGUUCCCGGACAGAAGCAAGGUGAUUGCAGAAAUUUGCGAUCUUUUUGGACUUGCCGAAGAUAAGUGGAGUGUGGCAGAGCUUUCCAAGAUGUACAAGCAAGAAAUCGAAACACAAGACGAUGAGAAAGGAGAGGGCAAUGUGCAACAAGAGAAGUGGUCAAAGAUUUCCCUGCAUCACGCAGCCGCCUUGAAAGCCCCUGCAGCCCUUCGGCUAGUUCACCUGCUCUUGAAGCUGCACAAGAAAGAUGAGGAGAUUAAUGGAAAGGAUGUUACUCACAGCACGCCAUUGCACAUGGCAGCCAGGUAUGACAAUCAGGACGUGGUGGCGCUCUUGUGCCAACGCAAAGGCAAUGUUGAGGAGAAGAACAUGCUGCAAGACCGGCCAAUUCACGUCGCCGCUCGGUACGGAAGCACGCAAACGAUCAAAAAAUUGCUGGAGAACGAUGCGAGUGCUGAUGUGGUCAAUUCGCAGAAGGAGACUCCGCUACAUAUUCUUGCCCAUCAAGCAGCCGACCCGUCACGGCAGCACCUCGAUGGGAAAGCUGCAGAAGAGGCCAUGUCAGUCUUGAUCAAGAAACUUAUAGACGACGGCAGUGUGAAGCAAGCCAUGUCAAUUCCCGAUGACGCUGGCUGCAAAGUUCUACAUUACUUUGCCAACUGUCCUCCGGAUUUAGCUUGUGGGCCCAUCAAAGAGCUGGUGGAGGCUUGCCCCGAGGCUGUCUUUCAUGAGGACGGCCAAAAGAGGACUUGCUUGGAGCGUGCCGCGCGAAAUCCUUGGGAUGCUGGCCGAAUCAUCAGUGCGUUCUUGCAAGAAAAAGUUGCAGUGAAUGAGAACAUGCCGAAGAUUCUUAUGCAGCCUGUCGCCGAAGGCCGUCCGUUGCUUCACUAUUUCGCAAGGAGCAAUCAGGCAGCAGCUGCAGAGGCUCUCCUUGCCGCCCCACUUCCACCUGACUGGCUGCAAAAGGUUUUGCUUCACCGACUUGAUGAUGAUCAUACACCAUUGGCAGAAGCAGUGAGGUGCAAGCAUUUCAAGACUGCCGCGGUGCUUGCCAGACGUAUGCUGAGCCUUCACGAGCAAGAACGACGUCCGGAGCAUCACAUGCUUGAUUAUUACGGCGAUCAAGCGGAUUUCCGAGAGGUGAAAGGCGAGAUUGAGAACCUUGGUGCUAUAUUGACAGAUAAAUACAGAAUAUUGUCCAAGGCACUUCAAGAUGCAGAGUUUGACGAGGCAGAGCAAGUUCUCUCAGCAGUGGAUCUAGCAACUAUCGAUGGCGAUGAGGAGAGCCGUCAGACGACCUCGCUGCACCUUGCAUUGAAAGAUAGGACGAUGGACGAGAAUCGCAAGAAUGUUGUGAAGCUCUUGCUGGACAAGAAGGCCCGCUUGAAGCAAGAUGAACGUGGUAUCACUCCGUUGCACUAUUUGGGCGUGAAAUGGGCAUUGAGUCAACCAGGCAAUGACCAGCGGGCGUACAUCCAUGGCAUUUUGCGCAUGAUUUUGGAAAAGGAAGUGCAAAGCGCAUGCCGUGAAGAAGGCAGCGCCGGACAGCUGAAGGCCAUAUUGGAAGCAACGGCUCCCGACGACUUUGCCAAAGAGUUCUCUUUCUGGAAGGCUGACAAGAAGCUCCAGGUCUCCAGCAAAGACAAAGUCAAGGCCGACAAAGUCUCCCACUUGGAUGCAGGACGAUGCUUCGUCACUGUCGGAGAGAAGACUGAAGGAGAUGGGUUCUCGUUCAUGUACUUGGCGAACAGGUGCGGCUAUGUGCAAAUCAAGGAGCAGACGGAUUGUGUGAAGGUGGCCCCACCGAGGACGGCCUUUGACUGGUUCUUCCUUCCGCCGGGACAGGAGGCAUGGAUCUUUGACGAUGACUCUUUCGAGGAGGAGGAGGAAGAUAUUUUACACAAGGCAUGGCUACAACCAUUGAAAGGCUUGAAAUGCAACAUCUCAAAGAUGGGUUCAGCUUCUUGUGAAAGUUUGCUGACUUUGGCAGUGAUGUUGAGAGACGUGGACGCUGCCGAAGCUCUUUUGCGGAAUGAUGGAGAAAAUUCGGAUCCCUUCUUUGUUGCUUCACCGGCAGCAAAAUCCGCGCUGGAACACGCAAUUGAGCGCGAAACGGUUGAGUUUGCAAGCACCGUGUUGAAGAAGUGGGGCGGACGGACACUUCAGAAGGCUCAGCAGGAGACGCUGGAGAAGAUAAUUUCAAAGGACACAGCCGCAAUGCUUUUCUCGCAGAAUAUGGUAGCAGAAGAGGUCCCUUUGCGGCUGCUGGACAUGUGCUCUGGAAGUGUACACGACUGGAUCACGAGAGCACGGGCAUUCUUCGAGAAAAGUCAACAGGUCCGUGCAGUGCGACUGAAGCUGGUCGAGAUGUUGAUGAAACAUGCCUUGUCGGCCGAUAGUUCUUGGCCCAGCUGGAAGCUGGGAAAUCAAGAAUGGAACCUGCUGCACUUGCUCUCUGGGCUUGCAGAGCAGGACAUUGCCCUCGACCACUUGGAACGGUUGAGGAGGGACUGUGGUGAAGAGAUCAUGUAUGAGGCGUUGUCAGCACGUGAUUCUGCCGGCAAGCUGCCCUUGCACCACUCACUGAGGCACCUGGGUAUCGUGGACGUCAGCGAUGCCGGGGAAAGUGCUUUUAACGGCCAAUACUUUCCAAGUGAAGAGCCGAACAAGUGGGCAAAGAGGGAAGGUGCCAACCAAGAGGAGCUUGUUCAGCUUGAGCCAGGCGAAUGGCGGUUUCAAGAUUGUGAUGACUUUUGGCCAUAUCGUGCAAGUACUUCGCAGGCAUUUCCCGUUGACGGUGAUUGGAGGCAUGCCGAGACUCGGAAGAGUCUCCCGAAGGUGGCCAUGCAUCACACCGGAUGUGUCAAGAUGAUCUCGGCUCUGCUCAGCCUACGUGCAGAUUUGUUGCAAGUUGAUCGAGAAAAGAGGCAGACACCUUUACAUCAAGCGCUGUCGAUGCAACGGCCCUUGGGACAGGGGAGCGGCUUGAUCCAGCUCAUGGGUGCCUUGAGUGGAGUUGGCAGAAUGGAGCCUGAAGCUACAGUCAAACUCCUGACGCAACCAUCAGGAGAGGAAAAUGAGACUCCUCUGAAGAUGGCUUUGCGGCAGAGAGCUGGAACAGACAUGCUGAAACUUUGGAUUCCAGCUCUGAUGCGGUGUCCGGAGGUAGCGAGCGACAGCCUGCCCAGCUCUGGAACCACUCUUCAGGAAUUGGUCACAGACUUGGCGGAGGACGAGGACGUCCCGACGGACGUAGUCUUCAGGGUGGAUGGCGCGCAGUGUGGAAGUGUAGAGCGGAUCUGCCAAAGGCGAAGCUUCAAGGUUUUCGAUUACCUGGGUUUUGAGAACUUGGAAUCGUUGCGCCUAAUCCAUCACCCGUCCUCACGCACCAUGCCACUAUCACUCGUACAUCUUGACACUUGGAUCAUGAAUGUCUGGUGGGCAGAUGUCCAAGUAAGCAGUGUAGAAGAAGGAAAGGUUCGUGCCAAAGUGCGCAUUGGCAUUGAUAGCUGGGGCUGGGACGUUCCACUACAGAUCAACGAAACGGAAGGCCGGCCCAUGGAAGUGGCCGCGCUUGUUUGUCACAGACCUGCCGGUGCUCCCAGCAGUCGUUUUGUGACUUGUGGCUUGCCCCGCUCCUUCAUGCAGAAGAAAGGGAGAUACUACUAUGAAGUCAAGCUCAUCAAGGUGCAAGGCUGCAUACAGGUGGGCCUGUUGACGGAGAAUUUCUCGUCUGACGGCAAAUCAAAAGACGGUGUAGGAGAUGAUGAGAACGGCUGGGGAGGAGAUGGAUUCCGACAAAUUCUGUGGCACGGCGGCAAAAAUACCUUUGAGCAGACAUGGAAGAACGGUGACGUCGUCGGCAUUGCUGCAGAUCUCGAUGCAGGAAAGCUUUCUUUCACGGUGAAUGGCCACGACAAGAAGGAACAUGCUUUCGAUCAUGGAGCGCUGGGUGUUUUUCCCGGCCUUUCCGUGUCGAGAGGUCAAUGUGCAUUUCAUUUUGCGAGCAGCACAUGCCUCUACAAGCCUUCCGAGUAUGAUUCCUGGGCAGAAGGGGUUCAGAUCUUGCAUUGUCCACCCCAAAAAGGCGACAUCUGCAAGGUGGAGUUCUCUGAGGUCGUCAUGUCUCAGACGAAACACCAGUCCUUGGAGGUGCGAAUCAAGGUCGCCGGAGUCGAAGAUGCAAAGGUUGCAAGCGAGCCCAAGGUCCAGGACGUGGCUUACAUCAAGAUGGUCAGCGUCGCAGAAGCCAGGCGUUCUGCGGAAGGUCACGGCGGUUGGAGUGACAAGAUGGAGGAUUGUUUGGGCAAGCAAGGAGAAAUCACGAGAAUAGACAGCGAUGGUGACGUGCAUGUGAGGAUGCCAAACGGCGAAAGUUGGUGUUGGUCUCCUUCGAUGAUCGAAAAAACUACGGAUGAUGCAGUUCUUCGUGAGAAUUGCCUGUGCGCGAAGUCGGUCCUGGCUGUCGCCUUCGAGCAGAGCUGUCCGCUGGAAAUGAUCCGGAAACAGCGUGAUGAGCUCGGCUGCAGCCCAUCGAUGGAGAGCUUCAUCGCAGCCCUACAGCAUGGGCAGGUUGGCGAAGCUUUGGACUUUCACGUAGGGCUGGAGCCGAAGGAUGUGAACCCUGUAAACACUUUCUGGGCCUUCGGAGUGAUCUUGAAGCAUUUUCGAGAUGCUAGUCCAGAAGAGUUCAAGCGCCUUGCUACGUGGUUUGCCGACCAUGGUCUCCCUCUCCAUCGUGACGGAUUCGUGGGUGAUUUGCUGGUGCUUGAGGGUGUGCGCCUGUGCAGCAGCGAGGCGGACAAGCAAGACUCAGAUUUAGAUGGAAUGUACGUCCUGUAUGAUGCCCGGAAGAAUGAGAACUGCAAGAUCUUUAGAAAUAUCUGUCGAGACGACGCGUGGGCUGUUCACGCAUCGAUGUGGUACAUCGGAUUGCGGACGGAGGAGGUUGAAGACACCAUCAUGCAGCAACGAUGCACUGCAGAGCGCUGGGUCUUGUACAAGUCUGCGAGCGAAGAGCUUCAACCUUGUGGCUGUCGGCUUCACAACCCGGGCAGCGCUUCCGUCCAGGUCAAAGAGAAGGUUGCAUUUGCAGAUGCUUGCGUUGAGUUGGUCACCAUGGUGCCGGACCCGAAAAAGAAGCAGGUGCUUGAAAGUCGACAGAAUCUCUUUGCUGAAGCCACAGUCAGUGCGUGA